GCCUAAGGGUGAGAGGGCAGACAGGGUUAGGGAUUUUGGGGAGGUCAGAGGCCAGCGGAAAAGCUCGUGAGCAUCGGGGGGUACCCUUCUCCUCCUUCCCUCUUUUACCCUAAAGGUUUUGUAGCAGCGGGGACAGUCCCGGCCCGGUGUAUGGCCACAGAGUUCCAGUGUCAGGAUUCCAUGCCUUGUCACAAUCAGCAAGUAAACUCCGCUUCUACCCCAAGUCCCGAGCCAUCGUUGAGAUCUGGCGACCCAAUUGGGGAUCGUGCUGAGGGCACUAGUAGCGUUAUGGCGAAGCUGACUCUACUGGCCCGGCACGCCCAUCCUAAUGUGCUGGCCGACGACUCUCAGGCCUGUGGCAGCAGCAGCGUCAACCUUCACGCGGAGAGCAACAGUGACAGUGGUGACAGUAACAACUAUGACGCACCUGCGGGUGACUCCUUCCUAGGAGAAUGUGAACUCUCGGGACAGAUCGGGACUCAGCUUAAGCUGCUUCCCAUGAAUGAUCAGAUCCGAGAACUGCAGACCAUCAUCCGGGACAAGACAGCCAGUAGAGGGGACUUCAUGUUUUCUGCAGAUCGUUUGAUCAGACUUGUUGUGGAAGAGGGAUUGAAUCAGCUGCCAUAUAAAGAAUGCAUGGUGACUACUCCAACAGGGUACAAAUAUGAAGGAGUGAAGUUUGAGAAGGGAAAUUGUGGGGUCAGCAUAAUGAGAAGUGGUGAGGCAAUGGAACAAGGUUUACGAGACUGCUGUCGAUCCAUAAGAAUUGGAAAGAUCCUGAUUCAGAGUGACGAGGAGACACAAAGAGCCAAAGUAUAUUAUGCCAAGUUUCCCCCAGACAUUUACCGGAGAAAAGUCCUUCUGAUGUAUCCAAUUCUCAGCACUGGAAAUACUGUAAUUGAAGCUGUAAAGGUUCUUAUAGAACAUGGAGUUCAACCAAGUGUUAUUAUCCUGCUCAGUCUCUUCUCUACUCCUCAUGGUGCCAAGUCAAUCAUUCAAGAAUUUCCAGAAAUCACAAUUUUAACUACUGAAGUGCAUCCUGUUGCACCUACACAUUUUGGACAGAAAUAUUUUGGAACAGAUUAAAUUACUGAAGGAAAAUGA